UCACAAUUGACAGAUUUCAUAUAAAUAUAAGUAGUGAAUUACAUAUGUCAAUCUUGUUGUAUACUUAAACAAUUUCUUUUUUGUUUAAAAUGCUUUCCGAAAUUUAUUUAAAACGGGUAAAUAUGACUGCAGAUGUGUAUGCAGUAUGUGUUCAACAUGCCUUAACGACCGAAAAGCAAGAAAUUAUGGGGCUACUUAUUGGUGAAGUAGAUGAAAAUGAACGUACAUCAAAUAUAUCUGCCUGUGUUAUCUUACAUAGAAGCGAUAAACAACCAGAUAGAGUAGAAAUAUCCCCUGAACAGUUAUGCACAGCAUCAAUGCAUGCUGAUCAACUUGCAAAUAAACUAAAUAGACCGAUGAGAGUAUUAGGGUGGUAUCAUUCCCAUCCACACAUUACUGUAUGGCCGAGUCAUGUUGAUAUAAGAACACAAGCAAUGUAUCAAACAAUGGAUCCUCUAUUUGUGGGUUUAGUUUUUUCUGUUUUUCAAAAUAAUGCAAGAUCACGAGAAAAUCAAAUCCAAGUAACAUGUUUUCAAGCAGUCCAAGAACAUUCCGAGGUCGAAAGAAGAGAAAUUGAGUUGGUGAUACAGCCAUCAUCAUUUGAAAAUUACAAUUUAGAAGGAAUAGCAAAUCUUCCCAAAAUCCUAAUUCAAGAAGAAGUUGAAUGUCAUGAUGUACAGGAUAAUGGUACUCAAGAUGAGUUAAGUGCCCUUCAUAAUGAUGCUUUCAAAACAUUAGCUUUAGUACACAUCGUUUGUAAAAUAUCUAGGCCACUUUGUGAUGAUCUUGAACAAAGAAAAAGAACCAUUAAUCAAAGGGUUAAGGAACUAGAAAAUCUUAAAAAAAAUUUAAAUUGAAUUGUGCUUAUUUUUAAGUUUUAAUUUAAUAUCGUUUAUUGUAAUAAAUAUUUUCUUUGUA